AUGGCCCCGUUGCCAUCCAUAAUCGAGCCGGACGAGUCCCCGGCUUCGUUCUUUUUCUGGACGGGCGCCAUUGUUUACCCGACUCCAAAAAGGCAAAAAUUAUCUGCAUUUGGCUACGCGAUUGUGAUCUCUGCCAUCACCGUCUUUGCCAGAAGUAACGUCGUGGCUGGCCAGGGGCAGCGCGCGCGCAGGCAGGGGUGCCUGGAGGACCUGCUCCCCUGCACGGCGUACCUCAAGACGGCCAAGCACCCCUCGCAGACGUGCUGCACCGCCAUGCACAACGCCGCCGCGGCGGAGAUGCCGUGCCUCUGCAGCCUCUUCGCCGACCAGGAGCUGCUCAGCACCUUCAACGUCACCCGGGACCAGAUGUUCCGCCUCCCCGCGCGCUGCGGCCUGCCCGUCGGCUGCCGCGCCGGGGCCACCGCCGCCCACGAGCCAGUCGUGGAAGCGCCGCCGCCCCCCGCCGGGACGCACCACCACCAGCACGGCGCCUCGCCGAGGAGCAGCGAGUUCUGGAGCGUCUGGCGCGUGGCCGCAUCGGUGGUUUUGGGCCAAAUGGUGCUAAUGGCUGCGGUAUUCUAGGCUUUUUGGGGAUGAUCUCUUCCUAAUCUUUUUUUUGCUACCUGCAGAAUGAUCCGUGCAGCUAUUGAUUUUAUCACCUCAGUUAGUUAAUAGACACAGAUAGUAUCUGUUGUAGUAUAUAGAUGUAAACGCACAAUGCCUAUUAACUGAGCAAAAUGGUCGCGCGCACACACAAAAUCAACCGUGAUGUCAAUGCAGAUCAUA